AUGCCGAUCCCUAUCCCCGCAGCCAAUCCCACCGCUGGUAUCAUAUUAGACCCCGGAGUCGGAGGAGAGGAAAGUUGGCCUGCUUCGACUGCUGGCCUCGCACGUCUCGCACGCCGCAGACCGCGUGGCGUCGCUUGGCAGAGCCGCCUUGGAGGGGGUUGUGAUGUCUUGGAGACGCUUGUCUGUCUCGGUCCUUUCGAGUCACUGAGGGGCUCUGGGGUCUUGUCGGUCAGUCUAGACUGGGGUGGUCUCAUGGAGAUGUCCUACGGGGCACACGGGAUGCCCGUUCGUCGGCUGCAGGUCUCUCCUGUCUCCAUUCCGUGGGGAGAUGAAGUCGGUAUAGUAGCCCUAACUAGUCAUCGCCAUCCCUGUCUGACCUGGGCCGCUAGAGCACCACCACCAAUCAAGCAGAAGGGAGGUGUUGCCGUCUCGGCUACGUUGACUGAAGAAGAAUCCCAAAUUUAUCUGCUCUCUUUGCUAUCUGGAAUCAAGUUUCCGAAUCAUUCCUCCCUGGGGAUCCCGAUAUUGGCUCGGCAUCCUGAUGCGGUAGCAGUGUCCGAACUAACACUCCACGGAGAAGAUCUCAUUUCAUCUCAUCUCCUCUCCCCCGUGUCUUGGUACUCCGAAUGCUGCUAG